AUGUUGCAACGACAAGCCUUUAGGCGAUUAUCGGUACUUCGCUCACACUUACAAAGAGAGGCAUCUUUUUCCACGGUUUCCCGAGGGGCCAAGUUCUCCCUUAACUAUAGGCAGUACCUUAAGAUGCCUAAUGGCGAGCUUGGAUCAUGGUUCCACGAUUUGCCUAUCGGUAUCAGUGGGAAUACAGUCAAUAUGCUUGUGGAGAUUCCUCGGUGGUCCAAUGCAAAGUUUGAGGUGUCCAAAGAGCAAGAUUUUAACCCGAUUAUGCAGGACUCGAAGAAGGGGAAAGCUAGGUUUGUAAACAAUUUGUUCCCAUUUAAGGGAUACAUCCAUAAUUACGGGGCAAUCCCGCAGACUUGGGAAGAUCCAACAGGCGGUCUUGAUGGCCUUAAAGGUGACAAUGAUCCUAUUGAUUGUUGCGAGAUAGGGUCCGCUAUAUUGCCCACGGGUACUAUCGCAAGAGUCAAAGUAUUGGGAUCAAUAGCGCUCAUUGACGAUGAUGAGCUCGAUUGGAAGGUCAUAGUAAUUAACGAGAAAGAUCCCCUUUUUACAAAGAUAGAUAGUCUACAUGAUGUGGAAACGUACAUGCCUAAGUUGCUUGAAGCAACAAGAGAAUGGUUACAAAAUUACAAGAUUCCUAGCGGGAAACCAGAGAAUAAAUUUGCUCUCAAUGGACAAUAUUGUGAUGCAGAGCAUACAAUGGGUGUUAUUAGGGAGUGCCACGACGCGUGGUCAAAACUAGUUUGUAAUAAUCUUGAUACUAAAGUGAAUGAUUUGCCGUGCACCCGCAGAGCUGGCGAGGGAGUGACUCUAGAUGACGACUUUCAUGAACCAGUGGGGAUUCCUAAUGAGGUUGAUAAAUGGUUUUUUAUUAAAAACGGGAAGCUGGCCAAUUGA